AUGCUUAGAAGAUCACAGGGACCACCUACUCACGACCUCGAUCUCGACAUUGACCGCACUCUAAGGCGAGUGAGGAGACUAUUUGUUGAACAAACGGGUGAGGAGGAGGAGUUCUUUGAUUCUUCUAGUGAUAUUUUUUCAGACAUGGGGGAUGCCAAUGGCGCUCUUUUUGGUGACUUUGGUAAUCCGGGUAGUCAUGAAUUGCAAUGUGGGAUUCUACUUCCUACAACGGAAACAAAUUUCACUAUCCACCCGCACUACACUCAAAUGGUGCGUGGAGAUCAAUUUUCUGGAGCAGCUCAUGAAGAUCCGAUAGAGCAUUUGGACAAAUUUCUCGAGACAUGUGCUUUAAUCCAAACCAACCAAGUCACUCAAGAAUACAUCCGGAUGCACCUUUUUCGGCAAGAAAGGUAUGAAUCUUUGGGGGAAGCUUGGGACCGGUUUAAAGAGUAUGGGAGAGCUUGCCCACACCAUGAGUUUGACAAGCAACUUCUCAUCAAGUUCUUCUAUGAUGGUCUUGACGACAUACCCAAGCAAAAUUUGAAUUCCGGAUGUGGUGGACAUAUUAGCAAGGUGCCUCAAGCUCAAUUGGAGGACACCAUAGAGGAAGUUGUGAGGUACUAUUCUACGAGUGGUGGAAGAAGAAGAGGUGAAGAGAGAGCUUCGGGCAAAUUCGAGCUUGAUCAAGGUUCACUCAAGGCUCUUAUGGAACAAGUCAUUGACAAGAAGCUGGGAAAUAGCCAAGGGUCUUCAUCUUCCUCCACCAAUCAGGUACACUCUUUCUCUUGUGAGAAUUGUGGGGGUACCAACCAUGAUAUAUCAUAUUGUGGUGGUCGAGACCCCGAACAUGUAGCGGCAAUGGGGUACAUGAACAAUCAACGUGAUAAUUGGAGAGCCCCCAAUGCCAAUUAUGGUAAUAGAUUUCAAGAUGCAAGUGGCCCAAGCCACAACACGGGUCAAAUGGCUCCCUUUCCAAAUCCAAAUGCUAGCAAUCACCCUAGAGCACCAUUCAAGCAAGGACCACCCAACCAAUUUCAGAAUUUCCAACCCACCCCUUCCAUGCAAAAUGAUCCUAAUCAACAAAUGCUCAUGGAAACUCUCAAUAGAAUCCAAUCAAGCCUAUCCGCCAUGGAUCAAAGAAUAACCAAUAGUGAGCGAAAAGCGGAUCAAAGGCAUCAAGAGGUCACCGCACAUCAAAAGAUGAUGGAUAAUCAAGUGGCUCAACUCGCCGAGAGGGUGACCAAUCUAGCCAAUGAGAAGCUCCCGGGCCAACCUACUACCAACCCGGCUACCACCCAUCAUAUCAAAGCUAUCUCUCUUAGGUCUGGAAAGUCUUAUGAGGGGCCUAGGAGUGAUCAAUCGGAGCACAACAAGGAGGGUGAAGAGCAAGUGGUUGAAGAGGUCAAUGGAGAUAGCCAAGGUCAAAUAAUUGACAAUAGUGUUGAAGGAAGCAUUGAGAAGAAGAAGGGUGAAGGUAGUGAAAAGAGCAAGGAAGUUGGGAAAGACAAGCAACCAUCAACAUCUUAUCAACCAUCAAGGUUUGAACCACCACCGCCUUAUCCCGAGAGGAUUGUUGAGAGGAGAUUGAAUGACAAGUACAACAAGUUUAUGGCUAUGCUCAAGUCACUUCACAUCAACAUUCCAUUCCUUGAAGCCAUGACUCAAAUGCCACCCUAUGCAAAAUUCCUCAAGGAACUCCUCUCCAACAAAAAGAAGCUAAGUGAUGAGUGUAUCACUCUUCCUCAUCAAGUUAGUGCCCUAGUGCAAAGAACCUUGCCUACCAAGCAAUGUGAUCCGGGAAGCUUCACUCUUCCGGUCAAGAUUGGUGAUAUGGAGACCACGGGUGCACUAGCCGAUCUUGGGGCAAGUGUGAGCCUCAUGCCACUAUCCAUUGCAAAGAAGCUCAAGUUCGAGAUGAUACCUUCAAGAAAGGUGAUUCAAUUAGCCGACCGGUCCACAAAAUUCCCAUGCGGUGAGUUAGAAGACGUUCCUAUCAAGAUUGGGAAUUUGUUUGUGCCUUGCGAUUUUGUGGUGAUGGAUAUGGAGGAGGACCCUCAUACUCCUCUUAUCCUUGGAAGAGAGGCACUCAAGACCAUGGGAGCGGUCGUCAAUUGCAAAGAUAAUACCAUUACAUGUGAGGUGGCCAAUGAGAAGUACAAGUUUGAAUUCUCAAAGACUUUGAAGCAACCUAUGGUAGAGAAGAUUUGGCGGGUGGACUUGGUGGACUCCGAACUUGAUGAAUUGGUGAAGUCUCAUGAGGUGAAACUCAUCCCGAGACUCAAGGAGCUGUGGAUGAGCUCCCAUCGAUCCAAAGUGAGUCUAAGGAGGAGAGUUCCACGCCUCCUCCCAAGGUAG